AAAAAAAAAAAAGAGAGAGAGAGAGAGAGGCCAGCAGCAGCGGGUGGACGCGGCGCGCAGGGACGCAGGGCCGCGGGGGACCUGGACGGCUGAACCGAGCCAGACAAGAACUAACCUUCCUCAAGAGGACAUGUGGUUGGCAGUUGUCAACUGCUGAAGUGGCGGCAGGUCCGGUCUCUAAAGAAUUGGAAAAACACAACGAACAUUUCUCCACCUGCCAAGGUGAACCACUGAUCCUUCAUUAUGUCUGAUGGAGACUAUGAUUACCUCAUCAAGUUUUUAGCUUUGGGAGACUCUGGUGUAGGAAAGACCAGUGUGCUUUACCAGUACACAGAUGGAAAAUUUAAUUCCAAAUUCAUCACGACCGUGGGCAUUGAUUUCAGGGAAAAGAGAGUGGUCUACAGAGCCAAUGGGCCCGAUGGGGCCGUUGGCAGAGGCCAGAGAAUCCACCUGCAGCUGUGGGACACAGCCGGGCAGGAGAGGUUCCGUAGCCUGACUACGGCGUUCUUCAGAGACGCCAUGGGUUUUCUUCUGCUUUUCGACUUGACAAAUGAGCAAAGUUUCCUCAAUGUCAGGAACUGGAUAAGCCAGCUGCAAAUGCACGCGUACUGUGAAAACCCAGACAUUGUGCUGUGUGGAAAUAAGAGCGAUCUGGAGGAGCAGAGAGUGGUCAAGGAGGAGGAAGCCAGAGGACUUGCAGAGAAGUACGGAAUCCCCUACUUUGAAACUAGUGCUGCCAAUGGGACAAACAUAAGCCAAGCCAUUGAAAUGCUCCUGGACCUGAUCAUGAAGCGAAUGGAACGGUGUGUGGACAGGUCCUGGAUUCCUGAGGGAGUGGUGCGCUCCAAUGGGCAUACCUCUGCAGAUCCGUUAAAUGAAGAAAAGGAGAAAGGGUCAUGUAGCUGUUGAAGCAUCCAGUGAGCACCCACUAAUUCCAGUGGCCCUUGUCUGUGACCUUCUCUGUAGCUGAUACAAGGCACAGUGGAGAUUGAUAGGUGUCCUGUACAAACUGCUUCUCCCCAUCCCCAUUCAGCUAUCUAUUUGGUAUAUAGUUUCAAAGUUAAUUUGCUGCAGCUUUGUAGAUACUUCUUUAAGAUUCAGGCUGAGAGGAGAAAUUUUUCACAUAGCCAAAAGUGCCUUAGAAAACCUUAGCCCGUGGCAUUAGAUUGUUCAAGCGUUUAGGAUUUUGUUGCCAUGGAACGUAUAUCAUAUUUAUGAUAUAGAAAGACUAAGCUGCCAUCACCUGCCUUAAUAUAGAUAGCCCAUUUAAGAUCUUACAUGCAAUUAUAGAAUUUUCAGUCUUGAUUUCAAAAUUGAAAACCACUGGUGACCUUUCAACUUCCAUCCGGACGACUUAAGUGUUAAAUAAGAAUACACACACACAUCGGUUCAAUGUCUUUGUGUAUUAAUUGAAUGUCAGCAUUUCCUUUAACAUGAAUAUAGGAAGAAUAGUGAUCUAGACCCUGAAGAAGCUAGACUGAGCAAUUGUGUGCUCACUGUGCCUUUCCAUUGGUGGCAAAGGGAUUGGAGGUGAGGUGGGGGUGGCUUGACAUAGUAUGUGCAGCUGCCCCCCGGGUUCCUAGCUCCCUACAUUGUUCCACUGCCCACAAGGUGAUAGAAGAGUCAGGGACCUGGAUUCUGCAGCUUCGUUUACUUGCACUUGGCCUGGUGCUGGCCACGUCUGAACAUAGCUGGUGCUUACGCUGAAGUUAUCUGUGAUAAGUAAACAUUUUUUUCCCUCCUAUUUAUGAUACUUGUCUAGCAAGCUUAGACUGCAUUUUCAGUUAUCUUGUUAAUUACGAAUCUUCUGCUUCAUCAUCAGGUUCUAUAUUGUUGAUAUUUGUAAUUUUCUUUAUUUUCCCGUUGGUGGAAUGGAUGGAGAUUUUAAUGACUUCAUGGCUGUGCUCUUGGUGGAAGAUAGAUGUUUGUAUUUAAGCAGUCGCGUUUGUACUCGUGUUCAAUAUAAGGAAAAGAAGUGUACUACAUUCCUAUUUUUCAUUGAGACCAUGGGUAUUCACUGUACUCGCUGGGUCUUGCCAAGGUCAUGUGUUUUGCUAUAUCGCCAAAAUGCUUUCAUACCAGAUUCAAGACGGUUUGAAAGAUGCUUCGUGAAAGUUGUUUGUGAAGUUCAAAAGCAUUUCAUUGAAAGGAAAAUUAUUAUUUAUUAAAGGGAUUUAAGUGGAGUAGAUUAGAAUUUCUAGGAGGCUUAAUUGCUGUUUAGGAAGAAAUGCCACUCAUUAUAAUUUCAAUAAAUGUGUUUUGUAGCAACAAGAAUUUGGCAGUACUGUAAUUAGAAAAAUACAAGUGUGAUGGAAAAGUGUUACUUUUACCUGAUAAUCUUCAGAUGGCUGUCAUGUUUUUUGCUGCUGGCUUUCUGUGCCUGUUAACAAACUUGGCCAUGUUUACCAAGAUUUUAUAUAUUUGUCCUUGAAAUUAGGGCUUCUUUUAAAUACCAAAGAAGUCAUUGAGGUCUAAGCAUUUGGAUUGUGUAUUCUAGGGAAGAAAAGAUUCAGACUGGUCAAGGGCAGGUUCAUAAUUACAUUAACAGUGCCUUCUAAAGUUUUCUUAAGACUCUAGUGGAUGCAUCCCAAUUUUAUAGCCACAGAUCAGGGCGUAUUUUAUAUGAUCUAUUUGUAUAAUUAGCAAGUACAUAAUGUGGGCAUGGUUGAGUUUUUGUGAACCAAAUGAGUAAUUAGCUAGAUUCCAUUGACCUUAACUAUAUACUAUUACAUGUAUAGUUGACAUAGUGUACACCUAAGACCUGUCUAUAAUUAUUGAAAUAAAUAAUCUAUAUUCUCUUAGGAAAUCAUUUGUUUGAAGUGCCGUAUUUUUAUGUGUUGAUGUAUUUUUCUAUUUACAAGCCUGUGUAGAAAUGAAGUGUAUGUAUCUUAAAUGAAUCUUGUGCCAAUUCAGCUAUAAUAAAAAAGUGGUCUAAUCAUUC